AUGGAGAAAGACCAAAUUGAAGAAUAUGCGUUCAACUUAGCCGCCUCACUAAUAAAAAAAGCAAUUAUUGGAGAUAAUGCCAAAGAAAAUCCAAAUGAUAAGGUAAUAAAGCGACCUCAUUCGAGGAAUCACAAAAAAAGAAAACAUUCGAACAAAAUAAAUACUCAACUCAGCAUCCAAGACAUUAAUAAAUCAUCUGUUGAAAUUCAAACAGAAACUGCAGCAGUUUCUCUAGAAGACGAGCUUCAAAAGAAAGAUCAAAUAAUUUUUGAAUUACAGCGUGAGCUCGAAGCAACCAAAAAGCAGCUGAAUGAGCUGAAAUCAUUAUCAUCAACCCAAGAAAACAAGAUCCCUUCCCACGAUUCUGCUCAAAACUUGUCAAACGUAAAAGAAAGGCUUGGAAGUCUCUAUGACUUUCAAACCAGUUUCAGCCCAGAAAAUAUAAUUAAAACUCCUGAAAAUUUUGAGGUAAAAAAUUUGCUAUUGAAAACUGAUGCCCAGAUUUCGCCUGACUUUAACAAAUGCUCAAUAUUUACAGAUGGCUUAAAAAUGAACCUAAGUGGAUAUUCAGAGCUUAUUGAUGACGGAAAAAAUGAUAAAAUUCUUGAAGAAAAACUGGCUGAGAUAACUGAAUUUUUGGAUAAAAGUAAAAAAGAAUUUGAGACUUUAAAUGCGGCUACUGGGGUUUCAGAACAUCAAAAUAACCAAGAAGUGCCCAAAUCACCAAAGACUUGUGAAGAUACUGCAUCAAACACUGUGCAUAGAAAAUCAAGUUUGCCUUGGGCAAACACUGAAAAAACAAGCUCAUCAUUAGAACACUCUUUGAAAAAUUUACACAAGCGGCCAAAAACAGUUGAAAGAAGUUAUCGACCUCCAACCCGUGAUAUUACUCCUCGAAUAAGGCCUAGCCAGCCUCCGCCCAUAUCAAAAAGACCAAAAACCCAUGAGCAUUCUCUUCAAAAAGAAUCCCCUUCGGAUUCUAUUUAUGAACAAAAAUCACUUCAAGGUUCAAGACCAACUACAUACUCAGCGUAUAAAGAGCAAAGAUCUUUUUCAAUUGCGCUUGAAUCAAAAGAAAGAAAAAGAAGGCCAAGAGUGAGAAGAAUCAAUUUAAUUGAUGAAAUUUUAUUUAACCAUGACCAAGAUAAAGAGUCAUGGGAUCAAAUUUUAACCAGAUUUAAGGAAGAUCCUGACCUUUUUAGCAAAGUGUUGAAAUAUGAUAAUCCUCCAAAGGAAAAAAUAAAUUCAAUUGAAAAUUCUCCAUAUAAACCACUUAGAAGCGACAGGUCAAGUAAAUCGAAAAUUUCUUCAAGAAAUCAUAAGCCAAUAAAGGUAAAAUCAGCUUUAUGGGCACAGCAGCAGCCUGAUUCUUCGAAAGAUUUAAUAAUCCCGCCUAAGCAGAGAAAAGAAGUUUAUAGCUAUGCCCAUAGAAGCUAUAAGCCUGCAAAUAUAGAAGUGGACUGAAGCAAAUCAGCUCUUGACAAUUUAGCUUGCAAAGGAAUUUUAUAUCUUUUUAAAAUAAAUAGAUGCUUACUCCCCCCCCCCCCCCGUGAGCGAACAAAACCAUUAGAAAAAAUCGCCAUUUUUUGACCAAAAACCCACCCUCCGUGAGUGAACAAAAAUUUUUUUAAUAGAAAAAAUUUUUAAUGGAAAAAAAUUUUGAUAUAUAAGUGAUAAUUAGUAUAAUGAAAUCUAGAGCUAAUUCUGUUUAAUUUUAAACAAAUUGCGUUUUAAAACAUAAAUUUUGCAAAAUUAAAUUAAUAUUUGCUUCCCAAUUUUUGCAAAUUAGGAUUUUUUUAAAUUUCGAAAAAAAAUAUUUUUUAUAAAAAUUUAUAUAUAAAUUUUUUUUUAAAAAAAAAAUUAACCCCCCUCCGUGAGCGAACAAAAUUUUUUUGUUCGCUCACGGAGGGGGGGGGGGAGUUAGGACUGAUAAUAGUAUUAAAUUAUUUAUCAGUUAAAAAUCUUUUGAAAAUGGCAUAGAGUUUAAUACAGAAAAAGAUUUAAAUUUUCUUACUGGAACUGAAAUUGACAAGAUUUUAAAAAAUAUUAAUCAUUUAACUCCUGAAGAAAAAUCAAGCCUCCAAUAUCGCGGCCUCUGCACUUUAGAAAAGCUGCGUACUGAGCUUCUUCUCCCUGAUCAUUACAGUGCUACCUCAAAUGCUGAAAACCUCUCAGAAAUGCUUCGAAAGUGCAGCAAACUGAUCAGAGCUCGUGCUUUGACCUUAAAAGUUCUUUCCCUCCUUCACAAGCGUGAAGAUUAUUUAUUAAACCUAAUGGCUCUCGAAGAAUCAAAUCCAGACGUGAACUCCAACUACAAAAGCCUAUCCUCAAUAAGCGAAGAAUUAAUUCAAGCCCUCAAUUUUUGGAAACAGCUAGGACUUCCGUUUUCAACAUUCAUUUACCUAGGAGAGGACUACUCUACAAAAGUGUACGAAGACAAUUCAAAUAUCAGGAGCUUAUUCCCUGGUUUAAAUGUAGAAGACUAA